AUGUCAAUCGAAGGGGAAGAAGGUGAUCCAAAAGAUGAUGAAGAUGAGAAUGUACCAAAUGUGAAAGGAAAACCAAUGUUUAAUGAAUUCAUGUAUUGGAAGAAGCAGUUGCCAAUUCUAGACAACUGGAAAUGGUUCUUAGAAAAUUCACAUGAAGAUCUGCAUCUUGAAGGUGGGUUUGGUAAGACAUUGAUGUUAGAUCAACAUAAGGGGAUAAGUGAAGCAGAGAAGGAUUUAUUCCCAGAGAUAGAACAUAGGCAAUGUGUCAGACAUGUCAAAAAGAGGAUGGUUGAAGGUGAAUGUGAUAUGGGUAAUGCAUUGAAGAAAUGGAAGGGUCAAGCUAGUGCAUUUAAGAAAUGGAAGGGUCAAGUGCAAAGGGGAAAUGGUGUAAAAAAGGGAAAGGGUGAAGGUGAACGUGGAAGUUGUAACACUCCAAUCUAG